AUGCUGCUGGAGGGGCAGGUGUUGGAAGGGACGAUGGCAGGUGGAGCGAGGCUGAGCGGGUCUAAACAGGUCGGUGGAAGAACAGUGCGGCGUGUGCCGGGCACACGCCGUAUUGAGGAUAACUUAUCGGAUCUGCGCGCACAGGUGGCGGCAAAUCAGCGAGGCAUUGAGCUUAAAGGGGAGCUUGUGGAGGAGCGUGAGCUGGAAACGGUGCUAGCUUAUAUGGGGUACGCGCAGGUGAAUGCAGAGCAGGAACAGCGAAAGGCCUUGAAGCAGGCGUCCCAGGCGCAGGAAGGAGCAGCUGAUAAGACCUUACCAUCUGAUAGUGAUGGUGAGCGUGAUGAGGAUGGGCAGCAGGUGGUGGUGCUGCAAGGAGAAAACCGCAUGGACGACGGCUCGUUGAUCCGCCUGCGCAUCUCCAUCCACCCAGCCUCAGGCUCAGCCCACUUCGACUUCACGAGUACUAGCCCCGAGGUAUACGGCAACUGGAACGCACCCACUGCCGUCAGCAUGGUUGCUAUAAUCUACUGCCUGCGCUGCCUGGUAGAUUCAGAUAUUCCGCUUAAUCAGGGGUGUUUGGCGCCUGUGCGGAUUACCCUCCCGGCGCAUUCGCUGCUGUCCCCAAGUGAUAUUGCUGCUAUUGUGGGCGGCAAUGUGAUGACAAGCCAGAGGGUGACGGAUAUCAUUCUCGCCACGUUUGCAGCGGCGGCGAAUUCUCAGGGGUGUAUGAACAACCUCACGUUUGGCGACGGGACUUUCGGAUAUUAUGAGACGAUUGCGGGUGGGGUCGGGGCGGGGCCGACAUGGCAGGGAGAAGACGGGUUGCAGAGUCACAUGACUAACACCAGAAUCACCAAUCCUGAGGUGCUGGACCGGCGUUACCGGUGCUUCUGA